AUGUCGCCUGUCCUCCUCCUCCUCCUCCUCCUCCUCAUCGAGGUAGUUCCGGGAGAGAGAAAGUCUGCCAUGACAUCAAGCGCUAAGAUCGCGUCAGAGCGCUCGCCCUUCAGCCGGCUCAUCAUGCAGUUGAGGGGGGGUCGGCGGUCGGACCACCUUCCACGUUCGUUCAAGAGAGCGUUGCGGAGGCACACGAAGUCAAGGUUGAUGGAGGAGAAGAAGAAGAGGGGGAAAGGGCUCGACGCUCUGAUAGAAAGGCUCAACGCAACCAACAAGCUACCACCACCAGAGACCGAGGAGGUCGAAGCACCAAGGACAUGGUGGUGGAAACCCUUGAUGGAAGAUGAUCCUCCCGACCUGAGCGUACUCUUGGACAACGACCCUCCUCCUCCCUCCCAGCGUCCCCUCGGCCCCGACGGCAAGCCGGUGUGCGCCAACUACGAUCACCUUGCGAAGAAGAUGCGAAAUGUCGAGCCCGUCCAAGAGGAGCUCUGGGCCGCCUGCGGCUGCUACGCGUUUGACGAUCCUGUGGAUCGGACUUACUCCAGGAUUGACAUACCAGAGAUCGUACGAUGUCUGAAAGAGGGAGCGGAUGUGAAUAUGGGCCAUCCCUUAGAUCGCAACAACACGCCGCUGCAUUACUUGUGCCGAAAUGGAUCUGUCGAGGCGAUCGAGACGGUGAUAGCGCAUGGAGCGAAUGUUUCAGCCAUCAACAAUGGUUUGAUGCAGUGGACUCCGCUACACGCGGCUGCAUACAUGGGGAUGGUGGAGGCCGUGCAAGUGUUGGUCAAGCAUGGAGCCAACGUGACCUGCGUCGAUGACGACGAUCAGAGGUUGACAGCGAACUUGAACAGUGCGAGCUACGGGGGUCAUGCGGACGUUUGCAAAGUUCUUGUUGAGCUGGGGUGUCCAGUGGACAUCAGAUUCCCCGAGUUUUCUUGGUCCGCACUUCACAUAGCGGCCAGCCGAGGGUUCCCCGACGUCUGCGUGACGCUCAUGGAAGUCGGAGCCGAAUGCUCGGCGAUCUUCAAGAGCAAGAUGAGGGAAGAAUCGAUCUACGACCUUGAAUGCCUCGAGACCACCAUCGAGGGAAAGAAAGUCCUUCUUGUGGUAUCUGGGCAGUUUGCAGGAAACGUCUACUCCCACGUUAGUGACCCGGGGAAAGAGGUGCAGGAGGAGAGUCAGUACCUUGGGAGGUUGAGGAUAGAAGAUCAUACCAUAGAUCCUUCUAUCCCUGAAGAGCAAGGCUGUCAACAGGUCGACGAUGACGAGGAAAUGCCCGAGCCUCCUGACUGGGCUUAUCACACCGAUGGGACCCCGUGGGAGUACACGAUGAGCCUGAUGGAGGAGAUUAAGGUUGAAGGCGAGAAAUAUCUGUUGGAAGCCGGAACAGCUGCCGUAUACCAGUACAGGAAACCUCACAGAUUUCUGGGGCUUCUAAGGAAGGACAAGACGAUCGAUUUUGGUGCUAGAAUGCCAGGAUGGGGCGAUACUCCAUUCAACGUCCAAGAGCCCAUGAUGCCGGGAAGACCUAGUUUUGUGAUAGGGAAGCUGAAUGGAUCCAUUGACGCGGCUCGUCAGUACAACAAGAAGCUGCACGAGGGGCCAUGGAAGGUGAAGUCCGAGGACGCUGCGUUGCGUCUGAAUCAUCGCACAACCCAGAAAAUGCACGAGUACGGCAUCUUCAAGCUCAACGUGGACGGAAUCUCGAGUUAUCCGCCCGAGUGCGAGGAGGGGCAGCCCUGUCCUUCGCUGGAACCUUCGAGCAGGAAGAAGAGCUCGAAGAAGAGCUCCACGGACCUCAUGGAGCUGGAUGAGAGUGACGAGGUAAGGAAGCCCAGAAAGAUCAAAGGCCUCGGGCCGAAGACCCCCCCGGCGAAAUCCUUUGAAGAUCAGCUCGCAGACGCCAUGUGGGAGAUCAGGUCCAAGGAGCUGCAGCGCAGUGUAAGGUAUGAGGCAGUCGGUGAAGACGUCGUUGGCAUACGACAAGACAAGCACCCUUUGUGGAGGAAGACAGCGUGCAAGUGA